AUGGUGGAUUUUGCAGCUGUCCUGAGGAAAUAUCCGCCAUCUCCGGCCUGCGUCGCAAAGAGAGCCACGAUCCCAAAGCCCUUCAAUCUGUCUCAGGGCAACAAACGGAAGCAUGAAGUGACUGUCACUGAGUUCGCGUCUUUGGCUCAGGAGAUUGAAAAGUUCCAGAGAAGCACACCCUCUCAUUACCAUCUGCGGAGCAAAAAAGAGGAUGUACUUUCCAGAAGACCCCUGAAGGCCAAGCUGAGGUGGGGCAAGUUCGUUACACUGAGCAAUCCCAAAACUCCCCACCUGGAAGCCAAGAGUCACUCGAGACCUGUCACCUACAAGAGUUUGGCAGAGAUGGAGGCCGAUGAGCUUGCAGCUAUCGAGCAGUACAAAUUCAAAACUCAAGAGCUCGACCCCCAGAUCUUGGAGGGCAGGCCCAUCUUUUCCUAGAAGCCACCAGUGAAAGAACCCACUAAGCCCACUGGAUUUGACCUGGAGAUUGAGAAGUGGAUGCAAGAGCGCAAGAGCAAGAAGACGCAGAAGAGCACUUUGAACAGGAGGAGUUCAAAAAGUGGCUGGAGAGCACUGAUGCCAGGAAGGAAGCCAAGCACUUUGAGCUACAGAGGGAGAGGCUAG